UACGAGCCCUAUCCUACCUUCAACGAAUCACGACGACAGUCUAUUGGCUCACAGGCGUCAAGGCAUUCGCGAUCAAGUCGUUCCGAUCUCGAGGAGGACCCCAAGGGGCUUUGCCCGAUCGGGGACUGUGGUCGUGUCUUCAAGGACCUCAAGGCCCAUAUGUUGACCCACCAAACCGAGCGGCCCGAGAAGUGCCCGAUCCAAACCUGCGAAUACCACGUGAAAGGAUUCGCACGGAAGUAUGACAAGAACCGUCAUACGUUGACCCAUUACAAGGGUACCAUGGUGUGCGGCUUCUGCCCGGGCUCGGGUUCCGCAGCGGAGAAGAGUUUCAACCGCGCCGAUGUCUUCAAGCGACAUCUGACUUCGGUCCAUGGAGUGGAACAAACCCCACCCAAUAGCCGGAAGAGGAGCCCAGGCAGGAAAGGACAAAACCCUCAAAACAAUACAUCGGGCACCUGCUCCACAUGUAGCAUCGUCUUCCCGACCGCCCAGGAGUUUUACGAGCAUCUCGACGACUGUGUCCUUCGCGUCGUGCAGCAGAUUGAGCCGAGCGAGGCCAUCAACCAGAAGAACCUCGAGUCGGUCCAGAACGACGAGAAUGUCAAGGAGUCCCUCACACGCCAUAAACUUUCAGACGGCAUGGACUUCAGCCUUCCCCCGUACGAAGAUGAGGACGACGACGAUGCGGACAAUGAGGAGAGCGGGGACGGCAACAGCAGCGAUCCACGCUCCGGCAAGGGCGGCAUCCGAGGAACUGGUCACGUUGGAACCCGCGCCGGUCUCACGUUCAGCAAGGGCGGCGUACCCUUCACGGGGCAGACGUCCGGCCGCAAGAGGCGAAAGAACUAUCCCACGUCUUGGGGUUGUCCAGUCGACCGUAUGAACAUGAAGAAGCGGGUCAUCUGCGUGUACGACGGCCCUCGUCGACUAUGGAAGGACGACAUGAUGUUGGAUCGCGAGUUCGAGGUCCGCGUCAACCUCGAUACCAAGAACUACGUGACGGACCUGGAUAUCCGAACCUUGGAGCGUGCAUCGGCUCUGCUGGGCGCGACUGAGGAGGAGAAAGGUCCGUGGGUGCCCGAUAACCUGGUCAACGUUGAAUCGACGCCGUUCUUGAUCUGA